AAAGUGGAGACAGAUUUAUUUUACGCACGGGGAAAACAGGGAAACGAGCUGAAGAAAGGAAAGGAAGCGAGAGGAAGAAGCAUCGGAUUUUGUUUUUGUUUCUUCUUCUCUCUAAAUUUGGCUCCUUUGACUCUCAUGACUCAAAGAGGAUUCCAGUUAAAUUCACCCGCUCGGGAGGAAUUGAUGGUGUCUUUUCGGGGAAGCGGAGCCGAGGGGAGGAAUCUGAAUGCGCUCGGCUGAACCAUGCCAGCCCUGUGGAUCAUAACUUUGGCGAUCACUUUGAACCAAGUGUGGUGCGUUCGCUUCUCCCAGGAGCCUGCGGACCAGUCGGUGGUGCUGGGCGAACGGGUGGUGCUGUCUUGCGUGGUCUUCAACUACAGCGGCAUCGUCCAGUGGACCAAGGACGGCCUGGCCCUGGGCAUUGGCGAGGGUCUGCGAGCCUGGCCCAGGUAUCGUGUGCUGAGUGCUCUGGACAUCGGCCAGUACAACUUGGAGAUCUCCAAUGCCGAGCUAUCUGAUGACUCUCUGUACGAGUGUCAGGCCACAGAGGCCGCCCUGCGCUCAAGGAGGGCCAAACUCAAUGUACUCAUUCCCCCGGAGGACCCAGUGGUCGAGGGAUCCCCGGAGCUCCUGCUGAUGGCCGGGACUCCGUACAACCUGACCUGCGUGACCCGCGGGGCCAAGCCCGCAGCGCACAUCCAGUGGACCAAGAAUGGAGUGGCUGUGGAGGGAGCCUACCAGUCCACGGAGGUGCUGCCGGACCGGAAGAGGGUGACAACCAGGAGCUACCUGCCCAUCACGCCAGUCGACAUUGACAGCGGUUGCAACUUCACCUGUGUGGCAAGCAACCCGGCAGUGCCCACGGGCAAACGAGCCACUGUCACCCUUAAUGUCCACCAUCCACCCACAGUGACCCUGUCCAUCGAGCCUCGCUCUGUCCUGGGGGGCGAGAGAGUCACCUUCACCUGCCAGGCCACUGCCAACCCUCCCAUCAUGGGCUACAGAUGGGCUAAAGGUGGCGUGCUGCUGGAGGGGGCCAGGGAGAGUGUGUUUGUCACCACAGCAGACCACUCCUUCUUCACCGAGCCCGUCUCCUGUCAGGUGUUCAACGCCGUGGGAAGCACCAAUGUCAGCAUCCUGGUGGAUGUGCACUUUGGUCCCAUACUGGUAGUGGAGCCCAGGCCAGUUACAGUGGAUGUGGACUCUGACGUCACUCUUAACUGCAAGUGGUCUGGAAACCCUCCUCUCACCCUCACCUGGACCAAAAAGGGCUCCAGCAUGGUGCUCAGCAACAACAACCAGCUGUAUUUGAAGUCUGUGAGCCAGUCUGAUGCAGGCCAAUAUGUCUGCAAGGCCAUCGUACCACGGAUUGGAGUGGGAGAGACGGAGGUUACACUCACUGUCAACGGUCCCCCCAUCAUCUCCAGUGAUCCGGUCCAGUACGCUGUCAGAGGGGAGAGAGGAGAGAUCAAGUGUUACAUCGCCAGCACCCCACCACCCGAUAAGAUUGUGUGGGCAUGGAAGGAGAAUGUGUGGGAGAAGGAGAAGGGCACCCUGAUGGAGAGGUACACCGUGGAGCAGAGUAAACCUCCGUCCCAGGGCGGGGCCGUUCUCUCCACACUCACCAUCAACAACGUCAUGGAGUCUGACUUCCACUCACCAUACAACUGCACCGCCUGGAACUCCUUCGGACCCGGCACCAUGAUCAUCACCCUGGAGGAGACGGAUAUUGUUCCAGUGGGAAUUAUCGCCGGUGGUACGGUGGGCUCCUCCAUUCUUCUGCUUAUGUUUCUACUGGCACUCGCCUUCUUCCUCUACCGCCAACGCAAAGGCAGUCGCCGGGGUGUCACUCUCGGUAAGCCAGACAUCAAGGUAGAAACGGUCAACAAAGAGACCCGCAGCCUGGAGGAGGAGGCGGCCAACGUCUCCACAGCAACCCGAAUGGUCAAGGCCAUGUACUCCCCAUUCAAAGACGACAUGGACCUGAAGCAGGACAUCAGGAGCGAGAGUGACACCCGGGAGGAGUACGAGCUCAAGGAUCCAACCAACGGCUACUACAACGUCCGAGCCACCACCCACGAUGAGGCGCGCCCCCAGUCCCGUGCCAUCCACUACCAGGGAGAGUUUCGCUCCCCAAACCCAAACAGCGGGCCAGCCGGUGCCACAUCCAGCGGACCCUCGGCCGCCCCCAGCGGUGCAGUUCCCCCCAGCGCAGUGCCAGGCUCAAGGACAGGCUGCUACGACCCCCGCCCGCCCUCCAGGAUGUCCCAUGCCACCUAUGCCCAGUUCAACACCUUCUCCAGGGCGGCGCAGAGCCAGCAAGCACCUCCCAAUCCGGCUCUUCAAUCACCUGGAGAUUACCCGGGAGACUGCGGCCUGCUGGACAGCACAACCCAGCUGGCCUAUGACAACUAUGGAUACCCCUCCCAGUAUUCCAGCUAUCGCAUGGGCUUUGCUCCGCCCAUAGAGGAAGGGCCAGCCUAUGAGAUGUAUCCGACGGGACAAGGGCCCGGACCAGGGCCAGGGCCAGGGCCGGGACAACAAAGUCCUGAAACAGGGCUGGGGAAGUAUGGAAGCUCCACUCGUUUCUCGUACUCGUCUCCACCCUCUGACUAUUCCCACAGACACACACAGCGGAUGCAGACUCAUGUGUGAGAACAUAUGUACACACUCUUUGGCUCGCUUUUUGCAGCAGCAGUACUUAUUACACAUAAAGUAACUUUGAAACUAAAAAAAAAAAAAAUCCCACCUUUCUAUACAUAAACAUUUAAAAAAAAAAUGUUUUUUCUGUUUCCAUAGCAACCAGUGCAUGGAAAUUGGUUAAUUUUCUGAACCAAUCAAAAAACACAAUAACGCGCAGCAGUCGGCAGCAUCGCAUAUACUAUAGUUAGCAGCAAUACAUACAACACAUGCAAAGCGACAUUCACACACGUUUGCACAGACCUUCUGUUGCGUGAAGUGUAUAUGCUUCAACGAGAGCAACAGCGUGCCACAAUCACGAGAAAAGAGACAGAGAGAGAAGUAGAGCACUUUGAAGACAGGAAGAAGAGGAGCGCCCAGAGCUUAAGGAGGAGCAGAAGAGCCGUUUGCUUCCUGCAACCCUCGUUUUGCUCUCCGACCAUCCCCCUCCACCCCUUCUCUGUAAAUACGAGCAAAUUCAGAUUGGGAUCAUUUGAAGCUAUUUCCUUGUACAAACCUAUUCAGUAUGACGCAGUACAGUGACCCACAGCAAACCUCCCUGUAAUCCACACUUUUUGCAUUUUCUGACUCUCACCAAUUGCAAAACACACGCACAUACACGCAGAUCUUCAGAGACUCAUGUGUUUCUGUGUAUCGCAGCAACGGGGCAGCUUGGACUAUAACUAUAUCUGGCACUUUUUGAUCCUCUUUCCUCACUCAAACCUGCCCAGUGGCCAUUUUUUACGAGAUCUGCCUUGAUUUAAGCGGGACAAAGCUUCUUACGGUGGUACAGUGAGUGACCAGAGUGCCAAUGCUUAUGUGCCAACACACACAAACUAUUGAGAUGUGUCUUCUUUUGUAAAGUGUACAAUGAGACGCCCUGGACGACCAGGUUUUGUACAUGCCACAUCUGAGGGGAAAGGAAUGGUAGCAAGCAUCUCUGUAAACUCCUUCUCCUCCUCAUCUCUCAUUUUUAUCAUCGUGAUACAUUUCUAUACUUCACAUUUCACAUCAGACAGUAUUAGUGAAAUGAGGUGUGGUAGGAGUGCUUUUUUCAUUCAAUGAAUUUCUGCAAUUUGUACAAAAAAUACCUCCCUUAUCCUCAAGUGUCAAAAAGUAUUUGUUUCUCUCACUUGCACAGUAGAGUAGUUUUUUUCCCCCCAUAUUUAUACCGAACCGUAUGGAAUAAAUGGCAUUCAGAAACAUUUUAUAGUAUUUUUAUAAGGAGUUGUGGACCAAAGGUUCAGAGUUUUGGGUGACACUCGCUUUUUAAUGUGUAUGCGGCAACGUGAUCAUUAUUGGAAACAUUUUGAGUUUCUUUUAAAAGAGAUGGAUGGUAUUUUUAAAGUGGAUGUUGUAGACAUGAAUUAGAAAAUUUUGAAGAGCUUGAUUCCAAAAUGGUGACUAUCCAGCGGGGGGAAAUCUCUUUGGUGGAUAUCUCUGUUCGGUCUGUAACUCUUCGUUUGUCUUCCGGUCUUUUGACCGGACUGCCUUUUUUAAACGUCGACGACAUUCAAAAUGAUGGAUGGAGAAGAAGCGGCUGCUCACUUUGAGCUGUGCUGUAAACUUUGUAAGCAAUGAGGUGGUUCAAGUGGAGUCUAACAUAUCAAAAAGAAGGUACAGAGGGUUCUAUCUAGCUCAUACGGUACUUUGUACAUUUAUGUGUAAGUAUGCUGGUUUCCUCAGCGCAACAGAAAAUUUGGCGGUAUUUCACGUCCGAGAUCUUUCCGUUAUGUUGUGUCGGCUUUGGUAUGUGUGGCUGGCUUCUGGCCCCUCAGGUCGUGAUGAUCAGCAUUUAAAAUAUUGCUUGUUUGCUCCAACGUCUACUGGUGCAGCUGCUAAACAAGUCCCAUAUUUGAGUGACUCUCCACUGCACCAUUACCCAAAUGUUUCCCCCAAAAGAGGAAAUCAGAAUUUGUCUUUGUCUUCAAAUGCACAAGGAGGACAAAAAAAAAAAAAAGGUGUCUUUGCUUACUUUCCCGAUAUUAAGUCGAAAUUCACAAUAUGAGCAGUUUACAAACGGCUUCUCAAGUCUGGUCGACUGUAAUUUGACCAGCGUGGAUUAUUAUCUGCAUAGCAAGUGCAACUGCGGAGUUUGAAUAGUCAAAUGAGUCAAAUCAGUCAUCCUUUCGGCUGAUAUAAAAAGUUAUUUUAAGAAGUGCUAUAAAGGAAGCCUUACUUCUAAAACAACACCAGGUUGGUUUUCAGACGUUCAUUUGAGUUGUACAGAACUAAAUGCUUUGAAUGGCUGUAUUUGACUGCCUCAUUUCGUACUCUCCGAGUGGAACCAUUUUUCUUGUUACACAAUCGCAUCUUUGGGGAAAGAAACACAGAUAUCCAGUUGGGUCUUUAUGAGCAGUGAGCACAGGGAAUCAGUUUUAUUUCUCCAGAUGUUCGCCUCUACGUGAAAUAAAUUUGACUUCCCGUCACUUCCUUAAAAAUGUGAAUUCUGCAACCGAAAACAUUGGUCCAACACAGCUACCGGUACUAAAGCAAGAUCAGUGAAAAAGAGUUGUUUCUUCCGCCAUAAAGUUACCACUGGCUGCAGGAUUGGUUCCUGUUUGCAGACCGAGCUUUGUAAGGGAGAUUGGAUUCGAACACUAUUCAUCGCACCAUCUCACAACUCCACCUUUUAUGGUGACAAUCAUUUGUUGCUUAGACUCCACAGCUGCAGCAUCAAUCUUUACUAUAUACUGAACUUGAAAUUAGUCGCUAAUGCAACUUAAUUUUUUUUUAAGCGACAUUAAGUAAUACAUGACUUUUUUUAAACCUCUCUUGGCGGCCACCAGGAAUUGCUUCAACAAUUUUAUCUUUACCUUUGUAUUAAGGGCACAUCUGCUUUAUCAGAAAAACAAAGUAAAGAAGGACUGAAUACAACAAAGAGUCGCCCACUUGUAUCUGCACCACGUUUCUGAGCAGUUAAAAAUGAUAGCAGAUGAGCUGGGGCUCUAAAAAAGGACCAGGGGCUGCAAAGUAAAGCCAGAAAUCUUAGCACCUCCAGAAGUAAUCAUUGAGUCUUUAUACUUAUAAGCCACCCUAUCAACCCCUCACAGAUAAAAAAUAUUAUGGUAAUUUUGUGCUAAGGGGCAGUAAAACUUGUAUUUAUUGCCCCUAUUUUGAAUAAACACUUCCAGAAAGGAAACCACAGCUACAUCAUUUCUGAUUAGAAUAUCAGAUGGAACCUUGCAGCUCCAAGGUCACUAUAUAAACCGUUUCAGCAGUUAUGGAGAGAAGAACGGCAGAUGGAGCAUCCUUUUAAAUUUAAAUGGUUAUCACAGCCUUGGUACAGCAUACUAUUACCUCUUUACAACCUUUUUACAGACUUAUGGCUGCGCAGUGUUUUGCAUCUGACUUGCAAUGUCAUCAUGACCUUGUGUGGAAUGAAUACGUUUGACACGGGGGAGGUACUGAGGCCAACAGAUGCAUGGCCAGGCCAUCCAGGUACCUAGUCAUUACCUCUUAACUAUUUACAAUCUGUUGACAGUAGGGGCAUAUAAAUAUGUAAAAGACAGCAUGGAUGCCAAAAGUAUAGGCUGGAUGUUUAGAUUUGGUUCUGCGAUGAAAAAAAACAAACACAUGUGGUUUGGGAAGGGAAUGUGGAAGUGUUUACUUCAUGUCGUUUUUCCCUCCUCCCCAUAUGAUGUACCUCUCACCGCGGUGUGUACUGUGACUCUUUACGCUCUACUCUCUCCUGCGUCAUAUUACUAGCCACCUACCAGCUUCCAAAUGUAGAGGUUGAACCUGUCUUUUCAUGAAGAAAAAAAAAAAAAAAAAUCAUUGCAAACCUUUCUCUCAUAGCUUUCUUCCAAAUUUUCUUCAAGAUGAUAACAUAUGGGGUAGAUAUAGUAAUCUAGCUUGUAUGUGUAUGUUGGGGGGGGGGUCUGCUUUUUAGAGAAUAUAUAGCUUCAUGAGCUCAUGACAUCCAUCCUCAGUGGUCAUUAUUUCAUGAUCUCCUUUCUUUCUAUGAAAAUCUGUAUUUUAAAACUUAUUUUCUUGGUAAUAAUUUGUGGUGUUACACCACCAGUGGUGGUCAAAAGUGUGUGUUUAAACUUUUAUACGCAGUAUUUUUUAUUUUAUCUCGUGUGCAUGGGAAAGGGGCGUUCUGAUUAAUCGACCCAGCGAAGACAGAGAGUGGAUGUGUGCGUCUGUGGCCAAAAUGACUGCUCCGCCAGGCCACAAAUAGCCAAAAUUCUGUCUCAACUAGGCCAACCCAGGCUACAACCAGGCCAGACCCACAGCCAACUGCUCCCUUCCAUGCUGUGCUGUGCCGUGCCCUCCCUGGCCAAGAGUGACUCAAGUGACUUGGUCUCCAUUUUUACCUUUUGGAGACACCAGAGAGUCUCAAAAGACUGUGCAAAGAAAAUGAACUGAGCAGACAAACAAAUGCAGCAGCCAUUUGUUUUUACUGUGUUUAUGUAUGCUCAUGGUGCGUGCGUGUGCGUGUGUGUGUGUGCGCGUGUGUGUGUGCACAUGCUACUAGUUUGUGUUUCCAUACAUGCACACGGGUGUAUGCGUCCAUCUGUGAAAAUGUAUGUGUGCACAUGUGAUGGCACCAUGUAACCCCGGUAUAUUUCCAUACCAUUAUAAAUAUGUUGGGACCACUGGACUGUAGAAAUUAGGGGUUGACUGGUGUUUUUGGCAAAUAGCUGAUAAAUUAACCAAUCGUUGGAUUUCCUUUAGAGAUUGGUAUUUUUGAUAAUCAUUUUUGAGAAAAUAUUGUUAAUCUAAAGGCAGUAUUUUUAACCAACAAUUCCCUUGGUAUUGAAUAUGUGUGAAAGUUAUAAUCUUUGAGAUUUUUACAUCACACCACAUUUACGAUGUUAAAAUGGCAUUAAUAUAGCCUCUUAAAUGUAUGUGCCAUUUUGGUUCAAAUACGCCUGGUGUCGUACUCAUUGCAAGUUUGAAAACAACAGACAACAGACCAAUCAGAGCUCUAUAGGCCAGAUCAAGGAAGCAACCGAUGGAUAGGGCAAAACAAAACAAAACAAAGUAGCCCCGACUCACAGGAGGAGAUCAGCCCAAAUGAACCAAACGUCAGACUGAACACUGAUAUAAAGCAGAAUGCCAAAUUACACAGAUACACAACUUCCUCUGCUUCAUUACAUUGCGUGUUUCAUUUCUGCCCGAGUAGCCCCGUACCUGGUGGUCGAAAAACAUUUUAUUUUUGACAAAACACAGGGACCUGUGUUAUCAAAAUGCGCUAGCGGUUGCCGAGAGUAGCCAGAAAUCAAACAGGACUAAAAUCUCAAGGAUUAUAACUUCAAACUGCCUAAAAGGGCUGCAAAAGGCAUUUCCCACCCUGCCAUAAAGAUUGCGUUGGUAACGCUGUAUGUGUGUGCUUUUGGAUUAAAAACGGCACUUUUUUGAAGGUGUUGAAUAUUGGCAGAGAAUAAACACGUUACCAUCAGCAUCUUCACUAAAUUACAAAAGCGUGGUAACAUCGCGAUCAGCCUUCAAAGCCACACAUCAGUCAAAAACCCCUAAAGCGCGCAGCUGGUAAGAGAGAGUGAAGGAGACACCGCGUGGCCUUGGGACAGACGGGAGGAGCCGAGGUGGUCUGCUCAUCCCUCAUCCAGCUGCCGAGCCUGUCUGCUCUCCGAAGCGGCGGCACGAGUGGACGGGAUUAAUUGAUGUCCUGUUAAGUCUCAUUGAGCAAACGAAGACAAUGAUCAGAAACAGUGAGAAGGAUUCCAUAUUGCACUUAACAAUGUGUGAAGUGGAGCUGUGCGUGACGGCAAGAGAGGGAAAGUUUGUUUGUUCAAAUAAGCAUAUAUUCUCCGUACUCCUAUUCUUUAUUUUUAUCCCUAUAUAUUGUUCACAUGUAUUAUGUUCAUGUCGGGUUUGAGUACUUGUUUAUCCCUUUUCUUCAAGAAAAAAAAAAGAACUGUACAAAAC